AUGUCAACACCUCUUUUACCAUCUUCACUCCCCCUUCUUCCUCUCUCACCUCCACAAGUCCUCUUCCCUCAUCUUAGAGCUACCAUCCCACUCACAUCUUCCCAGUUGGCCCUGGUCUUCGAUGCUGUACAAUCCAACCUGGGAGGGAAAGGUGGUAAUGGCGAGAGAGGAAUGGUGGGUGUGAUUCCUGUUGAUAAAAGUGAUAGGAGAAUAGGCAGAUGGGGAUGUGCUGGAAGAAUAAAGAAUAUUCAAAAAUCAGAUGAAGACGAUAAGUAUCUACUUGUAGUAGAAGGAUUAACGCGCAUCAGAUUGCCUCGAUCAUUACCACCUAUAUUAUCAAUCCUACCUUCGAUUCCAAUACCAACAUCACCAUUCUCCCUUCCCUUACCAGCAUUGAGUCCAUCCACGACAAAUCUCUUGCCUUUUGCGAUCCAAUUACUUCCUACUCAGCUUCAUGCGAGAGUAUCCACCUUACCCCCUUCUUUACUUGCUGAUAUACUAGUAACCAUCUUGGGCGUGGAAUGGGACUUGAAGAUCGAGGUAUUGGGUAUACCCGAUGUGGAAAUGAGAGGUGAUAGGGUUAAAGAGAUCUUCUUGGAUAUAAUGUCAUUGAGAGGUAUUUCACCUCCUGACGAUAUUUCAUCCGAAAAGGAUAAAAACAAAGAAAACUCAAGGGUCAAAUCUUCGAUAUCAAAUGCAUUAAUUUUAAGACCUAAACAAUCUUCUGUAAUCUCUUCCUCUAAAUCGCCAAACAACGAUCCAUUGGAAUCAUUGCCAGAAGACCUUCAACCAAUAUAUACUCUAUUCAAAACUCGUAUACCGACAUUAUCUAAUUCUGCGAAUCAAGUGGUCAAGAGAGAAUUAAGUCGACUAGCAAAGAUACCACCUCAAUCCGCUGAAUACGGCGUAUCGAGAACUUAUAUUGAAUGCUUAUUGUCUCUUCCAUUCAAAUUGGUCAGCGAGAACUACGAGAUUGAUUUGAAGGAUGCCAGGAGGAAAUUGGAAGAUGAUCAUGAAGGUUUAGAAGGUGUUAAGAAGAGGGUCAUCGAAUAUUUGGCUGUAUACAGGCUGAAAAGACAGCUGUUUUUGGAAUCUCAAGAAAAGAAGAAGAUCCCGUUGCUUGAGGCGAAAGUCGACAACAAAGACGAUCGAGAAUUAGAGAAAAAUCUCCUUUCCCUUGUUCCUUCCUCUGGAAGGCGAAGUGAUAGUAUAGUUGAUGAAUCAAGUAAAGAAAUGACGCAGAAAGAUGAACUAGAUGGCAAUGACGGCCCAUCGACUGAUGUAUACAGGGACAAGGGACCUAUAUUGUUACUUGUUGGACCACCAGGCGUUGGUAAGACUUCUAUUGCUAGAUCACUGGCUACAUCUUUAGGAAGGAAGUUCCACCGCAUAUCCCUUGGUGGUGUGAGGGAUGAAGCUGAGAUUAGAGGUCAUAGAAGAACUUACGUGGGCGCAUUGCCUGGAUUGUUGGUUCAAGCUAUGCGUAAAGUUGGCGUCUCGAAUCCACUGAUCCUCCUUGACGAAUUAGACAAAGUGGGUCAAUCUGGCUUUCACGGUGACCCCUCUGCUGCAUUACUAGAAGCUCUAGAUCCUGCUCAAAAUUGGAAUUUCCAUGACCACUACCUGGGAGAAGUCUCUAUCGACUUAUCACAAGUCCUCUUCAUUGCCACCGCCAAUACCCUGGAAUCAAUUUCAUGGCCUUUACUUGAUCGAUGUGAAGUCAUUGAAUGUUCAGGAUAUAUCACUCCAGAGAAAUUGGCAAUUGCGAAGAGGUUCCUACUGCCUAAACAGAUCCAGGAAUGUGGACUGAACAAUGACUUGAUACAGCUUGAUGAAGGGGUUCUGGAGAAGGUUGUUACUGAUUACACGCGAGAGGCCGGUGUUAGAUCACUUGAAAGACAGCUUGGUAAAUUAUGUCGAACGAAAGCUGUGGAAUAUUCGAUGUCUAGAGAGCCAAUCACCACGGAACAAACGAAGUCGUAUAAUCAUAAAGUUGCCUUGGAAGAUGUCGAAAAGAUAUUGGGAGUAUCUCAAUACGGUAGAGAGAAACCUGAAGGUAAAGUCAAACCUGGUGUGGUCAAUGGAUUAUCAUAUAAUGGCUCAGGGAAUGGUGGUGUUCUUAUCAUCGAGACUUUACUUGUCCCUGGCGGAUCAGGUAGAUUGGUCACCACGGGUAGAUUAGGUGAAGUAUUUAGAGAAAGUAUCGAAUUAUGUCUAACAUGGGUCAAGUCACGCUCAAUGAGUUUGGGUAUCACUGAAUCACCAGAACAAGAUCCCUUGAAAGGAAUAAAUGUCCACUAUCACAUACCUGAAGGAGCUGUACAUAAAGAUGGACCAAGUGCAGGUAUAGCUACCGUCCUAGCGUUCGUUAGUCUCCUCACAGGAAGAGAGAUUGGCACGGAUAUAGCAGUCACUGGAGAGAUGUCACUUCGUGGUACGGUAUUGAGGAUAGGUGGAGUCAAGGAGAAAGUCAUUGGAGCGCAUCGAGCAGGUGUAAAGAAGGUUAUCUUGCCGAGGUCCAAUAGACCGGAUGUAGAAGCCGAUAUACCAGAACUGGUUAAAAACGAAAUACGAUUUGUUUACGUGGAUAAAAUCGAGCAAGCCAUCGAAGAAGUCUGGGGUAAAGAAAUUUGGGUCAAUGGGGGUAAGGAUAUUUCCUCAGCUAAAGCAAGGAUUGAUGCGAGGUUGUAA